AUGUAAGCUUAUAUAGUACGUGUUAUUUCUAUUCAUUCCCUGUUGGUCAGCUACAGUUUCGGCGAGAACAACAGCUCAUUAAGUGGCUGCAGUUUAUAGCAGUUUGUUGAAAGCAAACUUUGUCGAGGGCGUCGACUAUUCAAACGUAACAUGGAAGGAAAAAAGAUCCUUUUAAUGCUGGUCCUGUUCCUGGGUGUCUCCUUGGCAGACGAAGUCCCUGGAUUUUUCCGUGAUAAAUCUGUGCCAAAUAAAAUGGGCCUCGGCCUUUGGAAAAAGCACAAAGCUAGGGAUCAACACGAAAGAGAGGACACUCGAACCAUGAAGGCAAAACAAACAGAAGCAAGCAAUGAUAUUGAAGUCAGACACAAACUGCCCAUCCAACAUAAAGCUGGGCUCUUACCUGAAAAUGACGUCACAUAUACACCAUUUUGCCACUACAAAGUCAUUCCAAAAGUGUUUCAUCCAUUUGUCGACCAGAGAGGAAAUGAGUACUUUCCCGUAGGGAAAUACUAUGAAACAGUAUGUGAUCCACCGGAUGACGACACCGUAAUGAUUGGCCAAGUUGCCCGUCAGAGAUGUGAAUUAGAAUUGCACCACCAUUAUUGUUUCUCUAAAGAGGAGGAAUUACCAGUUACCUAUAAAGCUCGCACGAGGAGAGGUGAUAAGUCGUACACCAAGAAAGAAAAAUUGCGUAUAGGAUGCGAGUGUGGCUCAUUAGAUGUUCGAAAGCGUUGAAAAUCAAUCAGAGAUGUUGCUGUUUCCAGUGUGCUAUGGACAAGAUUGAUUAGUAUAGUUUACUUAAUACGCUAAUUCUUAUCAUUAAUUAGUAAUAUUUUACAGCGCACAGCAAUGACUUCCUUUAGCUUAGUAUGUAAACAGAUUUCCUAGUGGCCUAAAGUACUGGGUGGAAAAACAAAAUGGUUAGCAGAGCGAGCGAAUUGCGGCCUGGGGGGUGGGAUCUCACUGGGCAAUUGCACCGCACUCGGCUCGCUUCACACAAGGGAACCUCGCGGCUGCAUUCACUUUAUUUCUCAACUUUACUUCAACGUAUUUCCCCUCCCGAAUAUGAUGGAAAGAAAGCAAUGGAUUUUUUUGAAGAAUGUAUAGUAAAACGUUAUAUAUAGUCAAUCAUCUACACUCAGAAGUCAAAGCGGAUUGCACCACUGGUUCCCCCCCACCCACUCCCCGCGAUGUCAUAGAAACAGUCAAUAAAGCCC